GCCUUUGUUGGUGCAUUCGAUUUUGUUUUUGUCCUGACAUAACGCGUAAUGCCCACAAAUAUUGCAAAGUAAUGAAUUAAACUACAACUAAAAUGAUACGGACAACAACAAGAUGCAUGCAGCGUGGCCUGGCGAUGGUGCAACAAGCGCAACGGGUCAUGUUGUACCGCUGCAUACGCACAGCGCCAACAAUGCCCGCGAGAGUUUUCCUUGACUCGGAGAAUCAGUAUGCGCAUAGCAUUCUAUCGGGCUCCGUGAAGCCCUACCAGAUCGCACGCUCCAUUGAUUGGUUCGACAGGGAUGCAGUUGAUGUGGGCACACUGCAGCGUGUGUUGGAGCCCAGCGAUAAGGCACAGCCAAGUGAAUUGUAUGCUGAUUUGCUGCAGCUGGUGCAACAUUGUGCACAAACUGCCACACAGAUCAGUGAUGAACGAUUCACGGACUUUGUGCGCAUCUACUGUGAGCAGAUGCAUCACCUCAAUGACGAGCAGCUGGUGGGCUCACUGCGCAGCCUGCAACAGUUGCCGACAACGGAGUCCACAAAGACCGCCAACUAUAUGGAGUUGUGGAACACGUUGGACAUUGAGUGCUGUCGCCGCAUUGAUGGCUGGUCCAGUUCCCAGUUGCUGCUGGUCAGCGAUGCCUGGUAUCAGCUGGGACUGGCACGCAUUGGUGAAUUUGUGUGGCUGGCGCUGCGCAAGAUUGGACGAAAGAUACGUAAGCUGCCGCCAGAGCAGCUCGUUCAGUCCAUGUUCCUCUGCAAUCUGUUGCGUCGUCCGGUAUUCGAGAUGUUUGACUUUGAGCUGAAUCUGGCCAACUGUGUGCAACAGAUGACGCUGCAGGAGCUGGGUGUCAUGGCCAUGGGAUUCUUCAAGACACAGACGCAGAUCAGGAAUCCCGAAUUAUUGCAGCAGAUCUACACACGCCUCGAGGCACAACUGGACAGCGUCGAGGAUAUCACACUGGUGGCCUUAUUGAAGAUCCUGCGUUACAGCAGCAAAUUACCACAGGUGGAUGCACUGCAGCAACUGCUUGCCGCACUGCACUCCCAGGUGGAUCGUGUCUCGCUCUUGACCUGCCUCCACAUGGCGCUGCUCGGCUGCGAACUGCAGACCUGCAAUGAUGCGCUUGUCGAGCGCAUUCUGCUGAGAUUCGAGCACGAACUGGAGGCGGCAAGACUGAAGGAUUUGGAGCGCAUUUGCCUGGUCAUAGCACUGUUCAAUCUCAACACUGCCAGCGGCGUUGAAGCCCGUCUCUGUCAGCGUCUUCCCCAGAUGCUGCGUCAACGCAUCGACGAGAUCUUGAGGUAUCCACGUUGCUAUAGCAACUGCCUCCACUUCCUCAGCAUGCGGAAUGUCUACGAUGUAGAGUUGCUAAGCGUUGCCCUCGAUCCCCGCUUCGUGCGUCAUGUUUAUCGCAGUGGAAUGCCGGGACGCGAAUACUUCCAUCUGGACAGCUUUGCCCAGAUGCUGGGAACGGAUUAUACGGGACACUUUCUAACCGAGAAGCAACGCCAGCAAAUGGGAAAGCUCUAUACCCAGUAUAUUCCCGAUGGCAACUACAAGCUCAACAAAACGGAUCGCAUUCUCCUGGAGAUUCGGGAUGCACUGGGCAGCCUCAUGCGCACCACAAUCACCGCCAAGCAUCUAUUGCCCCACUAUGAUCGCUGUGAUCUCGUCAUUUGCUAUGAUCGACAGCAACAUCGUGUGAUUCCCUUGGAUGCCAGCUGUCCGGAGGAUUACAGUGGCGUCCUGCUGACACGGCAACAUCUCUUGGGCACCAAGGAGGCACCACACGUGGACACACUCGUCAUUGUCGUCGCCGGCUGGAAUAAUGUAAUACGUGAUAAACAACGACACACGGGACAGUUUGCCAUGAAACUGAAACAACUUCGACAGCUGGGACACAAACCUGUUGUGAUCUAUUGGCAUGAAUGGCGCGAACUGGAAACGUCAACGGAUCGUCAGGAUUUUCUAAAGCGUCGACUGCGCCAGGCGGCCAACAUAUGAGCAAAGUGGGAGUGGCAGCGGGAUGAUAAUAAUGUGAGGGGAUGCGGGGACAACAAAAAUGCUAACAAAUUAUUAAUAAUAAUAAUAAUAAAUGAUAAUAAUAAUAAUAAUAACAAGCGCAACAGUAGUCAUAAGUAUGUGUAAUAACGCGCUAGCAACAUGAGCUAAUUAUUUUAUGUUUGUUUUUCGUUUCGUUUUGUUUUUGUUUAGAUGUUUGUUUUAUGUUUUGUUUUUGUGUCGGAUGACCGCCCGCGGUCAGGUUGAGGUGACAGUUUACAGUUCACAGCUACAUGGCCCCGUGGAGCGCCUUCUUUGUGUACUCGUAGACAACGAAUAAUGUGGCCGUGGCAGGAAUUGUGCGCAGCACAGAUGGCAAUAGGCCACGAUAGAGGGCCAAGACGCCCUCUCGUCUCACAAUGUCCGCACCGACGGUGAACAUGCCCUCAUUGAGGUUCUUCACCUGGAUCCGACUCUUGAUCACAUCCGCCGGAAAUGUGGAUGUCCACAGACAAACGCCGCCAACAGCGCCAGCGACCAUAGUACGGAAUGGACCAAUCUCCUCCUUAGUCUGUCCCUCUCUAAAAGUAAUUUCGAUAUAUAUAUAGUAUCUAUAUAUUUGUUACAUCACUUUGUUUAACUCACUUGCGCAGGAGUUCACGUGUGCCCUCGUAGCUGCCAAAGAAGAAGAAGUAUCCGGGCAUUUCCCGUACAAACGUUGAGCCCAAGCCACGAUAAAAUCCCUUGAUGCCUGCCA